AUGGUUCGUCUGAUCGACCUUGCUGCCGCCUUUGAUUGUGUUGGACUGGUAGACGGUCAACGAACCGGGUUCAAGAGCUGCGAUGCGUUGAUCGAUGCUGGCCUUGGCGACAAGUUGCUCCUCGCGUCUGGCCCUGGAGAUGGCUAUAGUCGCAGCCUGGGCUCUUAUUACAGCCUUACUAUUCGAGAGAUUACCCCAUGGUGUAUUCUUCAGCCAGCAAAUACUCAGGACGUUUCGGCUGCAAUCAGGGCCCUCUAUCCUCUUACCGGUGCCGGCCAGUGGAGCAUCGCCGUUCGUGGCGGCGGCCACAGCCACUGGAAUAACAAUAACAUCGCUCAAGGUGUCACUAUCGACCUCAGCCUCUUGAACACGACGACGGUGCACAACUCUACUUGCUCCGAUGGAACGGCUGUUGCUUCCAUUGGCGCUGGCUCAAGAUGGGGCCCGGCCCUGUUCGAGGCAGAGAAGCACGGGCUGAGCAUCACGGGCGGCCGUGUGAGCAGCGUCGGUGUGGCUGGUCUGACCUUGGGUGGUGGAGCGUCGUUUCACUCUGGUCGCCGCGGCUUUGCCUGCGACGACGUUGUUAACUAUGAGGUGGUUCUGGCGGACGGCAGCAUCGUCAAUGCUAACCAGAGGGUGAACCCGAGGCUGUUCAAAGCCCUGAAAGGCGGGAGCAGCAAUUUUGGCAUCGUGACGCGUUUCGACAUGGCGGCCUUCCCCGCUGGAGACCUGCAUGGUGGUAUUUUCUUCACCACUUGGGAUCAGAAGGACAAGAUUGUUGAUGGUUUCGUGGACGUCAUCGCAACCAACAAGAACCACCCGGCAGACAGCCAGAUCGUGCUAUUCCAGCACAAGGCUGGUUUUCCUCAGCCCAUGGUCGGGACAAUUGCCGUCAACACCGAUGGGAACGCGAGUGCACCAGUCUUCGACGCUCUCAGAGGAAUGCCUUCUAUCAUUGAUUUGAGACAGACUCAGACCUACGGGGAGCUGGUCAGUGGCAUGGCUGACGACGGCGGCCAAAGAUACGUGUGGUUCUCGCUUUGCUUCCAUAAUGACAGGCGCGUCAUUGACAAAGCUGAAGAGCUUUUCACCAAGCUCACAGCUGAGAUCAACAGUGUCAUCCCCGACGAAGAUCUGACCAUCAUCUUUGUCUUCCAACCUUUGCCUAAGCAUUACGGCCAGGCCAAUGCGGGAGGUAACGUUCUCGGUCUAGACAAGACACUCGCCGAGGAUUCGAUAAUUUGGCUAGGAGAGGCUUUCAUUAACACUCAUGCCAUCGAAGCACUCUUCCAGAGCAAAUUGGCUGUUGUUAGUGCUCAACUAGAGGCGUACGCACAGUCAAUCGGUGCCAACACGCAAUGGCGUUACCUGAAUUAUGUCAACCCGACACAGGAUCCUCUCAAGUCAUACGGGCCCGAGAAUGUUGCCUUCAUCAAAGAGGUUGCCCAGGAGUAUGACCCGUCCGGGUUCUUUCAGACCCGAGUCAGCGGCGGCUUCAAGAUCUCCAACGUGGAGUGA